AUGGAUAAGAUUGUCAAAGUCGGCGCUGUUCAGGCUGAGCCAGUAUGGCUCGACUUGGAAGGAAGUGUGGAUAAGACAAUUGCUUUGAUCGAGCAAGCCGCCGCUGAUGGAGUUCAAGUGCUCGGAUUUCCCGAAGUUUGGAUCCCUGGAUACCCAUGGCAAAUGUGGACGUCGCCAGUCAUCAACAAUGCCGGCUGGGUACACGAAUACAUGGGCAACUCAAUGGCGCGCGACUCGCCCCAGAUGAAGCGAAUCCAAGACGCCGUUAAAAAAGCCGGCAUGGUAGUUGUCCUUGGGUACAGCGAACGUGAUGGUGCCAGCCUUUACAUGGGCCAGUCAUUCAUCUCGCACGAGGGCGAGAUCCUGCACCAUCGGCGCAAGAUCAAGCCGACGCAUGUCGAGCGAACCAUAUGGGGCGACGGCCAGGCCGAGUCCCUGAAGACGGUGGUUGACACCAAGUUUGGCAAGAUCGGUGCUCUCAACUGCUGGGAGCAUCUCCAGCCGCUGCUCCGCUAUCACGAGUACGCACAAGGCGUCCAGAUCCAUAUCGCUAGCUGGCCGGCCGAGUUUGAGAUGCCUGAUCCCGAAAAGAUUGCUUGGCUCUACCAUGAGACUGGUGAAGCGAGUUAUCGCGCCAGCCAGUUCAUGGCCAUUGAGGGCUGCACGUUUGUCGCUGUCUCUUCGCAGGUCCUGACUGAGAAGAAUUUGGAAAAGAAUAUGUUGACAGGCAACCCCGUGACCAAGACGCCCGGAGGUGGCUUCUCAAUGAUCUUUGGGCCGGACGGCAAGCCGCUCUGCGAGCCAAUCUCUGACGGGGAGGAGAAGAUUAUCACGGCCGAGGUCAAUCUUCGGGAUAUCGACAAGCCAAAGGCGUUUAUAGAUGUUGUUGGCCAUUACGCAAGACCUGAUUUGCUCAGUCUCUCGGUAAACACUAAGGUUGCCAAGCAUGUCAACAUCAAUGAGUAG